CGCGAGCCUGAGGAUUCGAGAGUCCAAACAGUUGAAGAGAUUAACUGUUCUAUGGUAGGAAAGACGGAAAGAUGUUUCAUUAUGCUCUAUAGUGGUUGUAAUAUUAAGAUGAUAUAUUUUUUGGUUUUCUAUUUUAGCCGCUGCAAAUGCAAAACCCAGAAGAUUUGAGAACUGAAAUUGUCAUUUUAAGAAAAGAUUUGGAGGGAAAAGCGGAGCUAUUAGAGAGCAUGGAAAUGGAAAAUCGAAUUCUGAUGGUGAAAGAGUUAAAGAGUAACCAUGAGCUACAAGUUGCUCGCAAAGCUGCUACUGAAGUACUAUUGAUUGGUUUGCUAGCCAUGCAUAGACCUAGGAUGAAUAUUGGGAUCAAAAAAAUGGGAGAGGUCAAUCUCAAACCUUUUCGAGAUGCAUGUUCUAAAAGGUUUCGUAGUGGGAAUUGGGACGAGAAAUUUGGAAACUGGGAAGAAAAGUCUGUGAUGCUGUGCUCGUCGUGGCAAAGGGAAAUAAGUGAUCCUGGGUGGCAACCUUUCAAGCAGGAGACUGUUAAUGGAAAACUAACUGAGGUGAUUGAUGAAAAUGACGAAAAGUUGAGAGAGUUGAAGGAAGAAUGGGGAGAGGAGGCGUACAAAGCGGUAAAGGAGGCAUUAGUUGAAGUGAAUGAAUACAAUGCAAGCGGGCGUUAUCCAGUUUCCGAGCUUUGGAACCACAAACAGAACAGGAAGGCUACUCUAGAAGAGGUGAUACAGUAUGUUAUUAAGCAAUGGCGAACUAACAAGAACAAGAAAAUGGCAGUGUGACUUCUAUUGUAAUUUUUGAAGUAUGAUUGUAUGAAGUUAGUAACAUAAGUGUGAUUUAUGUUGUAAUUUGACCUAUAUGAAGUUAGCAAGUGUAACAUAAAGAUGUUUUCUUGUGCA